UAUAAGAAUUUGCGUUACUUAUAUAUUUAUUAGUAACUAAAAGGAUAUUGUAUAUAUCAAAUGAAUAAUUUGGUUUAAAUUUCUAAAAUGUCAUCUUUACAAAAAGCAAUGCUGAAAAACAGGCUUCCACCAAUGCAUCCCAUGAAUAAAAGAGAUCUGCAUGGAGGUCGGAAAAGAGAUUAUACUCCUGUACAUUGGAAUCAAUAUUUUAACAAUCGAGAUUUUGUCACUACAGAAAGAGGAAAAUUUUGCAUAUAUUUAUCAGAACCAUCAGAAGUCAAUGAUUCUCCUUUAAUUGUCAUGUUGCAUGGUGGAGGUUACUCUGCCUUAACUUGGGCACAUUUUUCAACAUCUAUCACUGAAUUAAUUCACUGUCAAACACUAGCUAUAGAUUUGCGAGGGCAUGGAGAAACAGAAACAGCAGAUGAUAAAGAUUUAUCAGCUGAUUCAUUAUCUGUAGAUGUUGCAGACGUUAUUUUACAACAUAUGAAAGAUAAAAAUGUCAACUCAAAUGUCUUCCUGGUUGGACAUAGUAUGGGCGGUGCUAUAGCUGUACAUAUAGCAAGUCAAAGACUUCUUGACACCUGCUUAAUAGGUUUGUCUGUAAUUGAUGUUGUUGAAGGAACUGCUUUAGAUGCAUUAGCAAGUAUGCAAAGUUUUCUAAGGAGCAGACCAUCUCAUUUUAAAAGUGUUGAGCAUGCAAUCGAAUGGAGUGUGCGUAGUGGGCAAAUUAGGAACUUAGACUCUGCUAAAGUUUCAAUGCAAGGACAAAUUAUCAAUGUAAAAACAGGACAGUUGGCUUCCUCAGAACUAUGGAAUAAUCCUGAAACUACAAAAUCUAGCACUCAGGAUGAUGUAAUAGAAAGUCUUGGUGAAAAGAUAAACCCAGAUUGUAUUUUGGAAGAGGAACAUGAAGAUAAUGAGGAAUUAAACAAUACAAAUGCAUCAAAUUUCAAACCACCUCUACCACCAGAACUGCAAAUCUUGGAUACAAAAAAAUACAGUUGGCGUAUUAACUUAUCACAAACAGAACAACAUUGGCCCGGGUGGUUCAAAGGACUCUCUAACAUGUUCUUAGAAGUGCCUGUACCCAAAUUACUGUUAUUAGCCAGUAUAGAUGGCCUUGAUCGUACCUUAACUGUUGGACAAAUGCAAGGCAAAUUUCAAAUGAGAGUACUUCCUCGAUGUGGACAUGCUGUACAAGAAGAUAGACCUCAUGAAGUAGCUGAAAUAGUAUCAGAAUUUUUAGUCAGGCAUAAAUUUGCAAAAUUGAAAACUGAUGUACAAACAACUGCUGUGAUAUAAGAAAAGAAUUGAUUA